UCGAUCGUCCGCUCUAAAAGAAUUUAGUUUUGUCAGGAAUCAGAGACGUAUGUUUCGUGCUUGGUGGAAGAUAUACAUAGUGGUUGUAAGAGAGUAAACAAAGUGAUCGUGUAUCAUAUAUCCUUAAUAUUUUCAAAGCAAUAUACUUUGUGGUUUGAAAUCUGCGUAUAUGUACGGAAAUAUGCGCGAAAGGGAGGAAUUUUGCCGAAGUUUUCCACCGGGACAACCGAUCCAGGCACCGACGGCACGAGCUCUGGGCCUUGACGCUCUUCACAAUCUUUGUAAAGAGAUCUAUCCGGACCAAAGCAAUCCGCUCACUGUCACUGCAGUUGUAAAGUACUGGUUGGGAGGUCCGGAUCCUCUAGACUACAUAAGUAUGUAUGAAAAUUCAGGUUGUCCGGAAUUAGGCAUACCACCACAUUGGCAUUAUAUUAGUUUGGGUUUAUCGGAUUUACAUGGAGAUGGACGAAUACAUCCAAAAAGUGGUCCUGGUCGUGCUAGUGGCUUUGGAUUUGAAUUAACCUUUAGAUUAGUCAGAGAAAGAAAUGAAAUGACUCCUCCCACUUGGCCAGCAAAUGUAAUGCAACAAUUAGCAAAAUAUGUUUUUAAUUCUGGUAACAUGCUGUUGCCGGGAGACCAUGUCUCGUGGCAUGCACCUUUGGAUAAUGGCAAUGGUCGUAUUACACAAAUUUUAAUGGGCAAAGAUCCACAGUUACCAGCUUCCAUAUCUACACCACAUGGAGAUGUUUCAUUUGUUCAAAUUGUAGGAGUUACUUCUGAAGAACUACAAGCUGCACAACACUGGAAUGGUCUAGGUCUUGUAAACUUAUUAAAAUCUAGUCGUGGUUGUGGACCAUGGUUAGUGACAGACAUGAGAAGAAUGUAUUCUAUUAUGGAAGAUGAUCCUUCUAUAGCAGAAAAAAUACAAACUGGUAUAGAAAAAGAGGGUUCUAAUUUAAGUGGUGUAUCUGCAAAAUGUUGGUGGGUCCAAGUAAAUAAUGAUAAGAGUACAGAAAAAUAUAGAGAGACAAGAAACGAAUCAGAUGAGGAAGAUGAAGAUAUAAAACCAAUAAUAAAAUCGGAAAGAUUGUCUCCUUGUGAACAAGAUACAAACUUACCAAAUGAAAAUUUUAUUAAAGUUUUACCAGGUCUUCAUUUGACUUUUAAUCUUGAAGCUGGAUCUUUAUUACCAUUAGCAAUAAAAGGCCGAGUUAUGCAUGGAAGGCAUUUUACAUUUAAAUCAAUAUUAUCUCAUACUGCAAUUACAAUAGUUGCACCUUCAGUUACUGGAACUCUAGUUUCUAGGGAAAAACCAUAUGUAGUUCAAGGACCAUGGUUACAAGUUCUGCUUCCAGAAGAUUUAUCUGAAAAGAUGGCUCAAGAGUUUCAAGUUUUAAAUUCACCAAAUCAGAUUCAAUUGCCAAAGACAUUUUCUUGGCCAGAACAUAAAUUGGUUAUUACUGUUGUAAAUGACUGAAAAAACUAAAUUAAUAUUAUUAAUAUUAUUUAAAAAUAUCGUUAAAACUGAAUUAGGAUAAAUUGACGUAAGCAAAGUAUUAUCUAAUCUCGUUACAAAAGAAUUUCGACGAAAUUAUUUAUAAUCAAAUUGCGUUUUUGCAGUUAUCGAACAAGCGAUAGAUUACUAGCGAGACUUUAUUUAUCAAUGUGUAAAAAAAGAGAUAAACUAUUAUGAAUAUAUUUUUUUAUUCAACAAAAGAAAUAGAAAAUAAUUUGUAAUGAAAAUUUUUUUUCUAUAUCUCUCUUUUACAAAUUGAUAUUUGUUAAAGAUUUAUAUUUAAUUAUGUAUAUAUAAUAGAACACAAAUUACAAAGUGUAAUUUUGUAUUUGAUAUACGAGUUUACACAUUGUUAUUUUAUACAAAAUAUUUUUGUAAAUAGAGAACUUAACUUUUCUGGCAGCGUCCGUCAGAAUUCUGUACCAAUUUUUACGAAUGAAAAGUGUAUGAUGUAAUGAUAAAUAUAAGAAAUAAUAUUUAUAAGGAAA